UGUGAUUUUAGUCUUUUUUUAAUGGUUUAAUCUAUUUGCGCUGUUGUGGCCUGACGUCACAGUGUCUUGGUUAAUGCAGAGCAGACAGAAGAAGUUGGACCCGGUUGAUCUCAGAGUGCAGCAGACUCUGGUGUGAAGCCAGCAGUCUGCGCUUCCCGCUGCCGCCAGGAGCUGCUCUCAGGAACCUCCUCUGUCACCGGGGCCCAGGGUUUAUGACGCGACUUGUGUCUGUCAGUGCCUUCAGUCUGAUUCAGACCCGCUCUGCGUGUGGAUCAGACUGUUCCUGCGCGUAAAAAACGCUCCUCUCGGAUUUUUACGCACAGCUCGGUGGAGAAAAGCAAAAGGAAGACGGUCACGGUGGCCUUUUUUCCGCGUCUUAAACAGAAAGCAGCAGGUGCUUCUCUCCCAGCUCGGUAAUAAUUUAUGAUCCUUUAGUCAUUAUUAAUCCUGGCGACCUGUGCACGCGUUGUGCCAAGAUGUUUCCGCGGUUUCUCUGGCGGCGCGCCUCCGCCUCGGUCUCCCGGCCAGGACUGAGGACUGCCUGCCUGCCGCUGCCUCUCCAACACCUCCCACAGUUCAGCGGAUUCUAACAGAGGAGAGUGACCUGUAACAGAGGAAGGUCUCCUGAACGAGGCUCUCUUGUGCUCUGGCGAUCUACACGUCAUUUUAUAAGAAAGCCGACAGCGGCGCGCAGGGAGACCUCCUCAGUUUUGGCACAUUUUGUCACGAUGCCUCCGCGGAUCCGCGUCCUGCUGCUGCUGCACCUGGCCGUGCUGCUGCUGCUGCUGCUGCUGCUGGGCUGGCCGGCCGGGGCAGCUCGGGUACGGAAGAAGGCCGGCAGGGCUCGGGCUUGCCUGGACCUGCCGGAGGAGAUCCUGGAGCAGAUGUUCGGGCGCCUCUCGGUGGGAGUGAUGAGCGCUUUCCAUCACGCCCUGCAGCUGGAGCCGCAGGACAAACUCAACCUGACGUGCCCGACCAGCGCGCGGUCCCCUGCCGACAGGAAGACCCGCCUCCCGGUCAACCUGCUCAGCAUGUCGCCCUGGGCCUACAGGAUCUCCUACGACCCCGGCAGGUAUCCCCGCCACAUCCCGGAGGCGUACUGCCUGUGUAAGGGCUGCCUGCUCGGCCCGCACGGCGAGGAGAGCGAGCUGUACCGCAGCACUCCGGUCUACGCUCCGUCUGUCAUCCUGAGGAGAACCGGCUCCUGCCUCGGCGGCCGACACUCGUACGCAGAGAUCUACGUGUCCAUCGCGGUGGGGUGCACCUGCGUGCCGCUGCUGGAGAAGGAGCGGGACGGCAGGACCAGCAACCAGAGCCUGCAGAGAGCAGGGGCCAAAGCCGGCCAGCUCUCUGCAGGGAACAAAGUCUGAAGGGAGCAGAGCUGCGGACUUCUACAGCUGAUCCACGAUUAGAAGUUUGCAUCUCGCCACACUAACACUUUAAACAAUCCAAAGAGAGAAACUGUCCCCAAAAACACGUUUGAAGAUCGCGAUGAUCAGACAGAACUCCUGCAGGCUGACUCAAAGUUCAUCAUCUGGAAGAAAAUGAGUCUUAAAAUAAGACUUUUAUUCGGUCCGCUUUGUCUCGGUGUCAUGAUGCGGUUUGGAUAUAAACAUUGAAUGGACAAAAAAGUUGUACAAGGACACAAAAAUCACACAAACUAGAGAAAAACUCAGUCUGCAACUGUCGUAGAGGCCUGAAGAGCUAGAGAUGACUAGAUGAAACUCUGAAGUGCAACACGACAUGUGAAGGGGUCGAUUCAGCCAAAAGUCUGGGACCAUCAGUCAAGGUUUUGCAUUUCGGUUAGAAUGUGGUAGUUUCAGAAGAUAUCUGUAUCUCAUAUAUCUCAGCAUGCACAUCAUGCAUGCUGAGAUAUAUUACAGAUAUAUAUCAUCCCACAGAGCUUCCUGUGACGUCACAUACAUGAGGUGAGGUGACUGUGGAGGAGAGUAUAGAAGUAUCUAACUCUUUGACCUCUCUGCUGUGCUUCAUGGUGAUUGUGCUCCCUGUCCUGCAGAUACUUUGGAUUUUAUUUGCUCACAUUUUUGAGAAAUUCAUGCAAAUCAAGGUUUUCCACCAUAGAACGUGAUUGGAGGCAGAAAUCUCAGUUUAUUUUACGGACAUAUAAAUCAUUACUAUCUGCACAGAUGGAUACAGCUGUAUGUAGAACAUGUUUAUCUGCAGUUUGACCGUUUAAACUAAAGCAAACAGAUGUUGACAGUGGAGUGAAGCUUCAUUACCAAGGGCCUGAUCUCUGCUGCCUCCUGCUGAUGUGAACACACAACUGCAGGUUGAGCCUUUCGCUCUGAUCACCAGGAGAAACUGCACCCAAAUUCAACAACUUGUCACCCAAACAACAAGUGCUCCAGGUGACUUUAUUUGUGACUGUAAAAAGUCUCCAGCGAAACAACUGAGCGGUCACAUUCAGCACAUCAGCGUGCAGAGUCAGCACGUCUCUCACAGUGACUGUACAAGACUGAGCACUUGUUUAUUUCCCCGUCACAUUUAGCAUUUUUAGCAGACAGGAACUGAAAACAUCUGUAAUAUCCCAGAAAUCCUCUCAGCUGUUCGUGGUCAUCUCAUCGUGUAAGGGGUUAGGAGAAUAAACAUGCCUACAGUAUGA